AUGAAGCUUCUUCUGCUGUGUCUGUGUGUUGCUCUGGCUCAUGCUAGCCUGGCUCCACUCCAUAGGACCAACCAGCGCGCCGUACCAGACAGCUGGAUCAUAAAAGUCAAAGAUUUUGACCAGCUGGAGCGUGUUCAAGAAGAGAUCGAGGACAUCUUCUCUAAAUUCCGUGCACCUGCUCCCAGAAUCGACAAGCUCAAAAAACUCAUGCCCGUUUUGACCCUUAAGAUCCCAGUGCACAUCCUUACCCAGGUUCGUGCUAUUGAGGGUGUUGAAGACGUUUAUGAGGACACCAUUGCAACCAUUUUCGGCUCCCAAAGUGGCGCACCAUGGGGUUUGGAUCGCAUCGACAGUCGUAGUGGAACCGAUGGUGUGUACAACUACAACAGCAACGCUCAGGGUGAAAACGUGAAAUUAUUUGUCGUGGAUACUGGCAUCAACACCAAUCACGAAGCGUUUGGCGGACGAGCUUCCCUUCUGUACGGGGCUGCUGAUGAUCAAGGACAUGGAACUCACUGCGCUGGUACUGCUGGAGGAAACACCUACGGUAUCGCACGUAAAGCUACCAUCUACAGCUCCAAAGUGUGCAACAGUCUAGGACAAUGCACGAAUUCCCUCAUUUCCUCAGGUUUGGAUGCCAUCGUCGACAAGUUUGGUACCGGCAACGGCAAGGGCGUGGUAUCAAUGUCCCUUGGCGGAGGGUAUAGUUGGUACAUGAACUAUAUUGUAAGGAAGAUGAUCAACAGUGGCUACACAGUUUCUGUUGCUGCGGGAAAUUCAAACAUUGACGCCUGCAACGCUUCACCUGCAUCGUUAGACGAGGCAAUCACCGUUGCAGCCAGUGACUCAGACGAUGUACGUGCGUAUUUCUCUAACUACGGCUCUUGCGUCGACCUCUUUGCACCCGGUGUGGACGUCGUUAGUGCAAGCUACUCAUCUAACACUGGCACUGCAACAUUUUCAGGCACUUCAAUGGCAUGCCCCCAUGUGUCAGGUGCCGCUGCUGUUUUUCUGGGAUUAAACCCAGGUUCAUCCCCAAGCACUGUGCAUGAUGGCAUCGUGAAUAAUGCGACUCCUAAUGUUGUGUCUGACACCCAAGGAUCCCCCAACAAGUUGCUCUAUGUCGAGCCCUAA